AUGCAGGCCAUCUCCGACUACUGCAAAGCGGUGUUCGACCUCGCAGUUGAGCGGCUCCCUCAUACUGAGUUGGGUCAAAGCUUCAGAUUGGAGGAGCUGAAGCGUAUGCCUAAGCGCGCGCGCGUUAGUAUGCCUCAGCUAUGGUCACCAAAAGCUCGUGCCCGAGUGCUCCGCGCCGUCCACUCUGCAGGAGCCAACAUCGUUGUGCCUGCAUCAGAGCCACAGUGCGCUAUCGCCGACUUUCUCGACAAGACCGUUCUCGCAAACCUCCCGACAGUUCCAAAGAAGGGGGACUACAUUCUCGUCGCUGACCUGGGCUGUGGCACUGGUGACUUUGUUCUGUAUCAGCUGAAGGAUGACUUGGGGGUGGGCACGCCGCUUGACGCUGUCGGAAAAGCAAAUGGAGCUCUCUGUGGGUCUCACUGGGUCAAUGAAGCCGUCUAUGAGAGACUUAAUGUCCGUGAGGACGGCAGCAAGUACGAUGAGAAUCUCAAAGGCAAAAUGAGCCCAGAGGCCUUUCGAUGGCACUUCCUUCGACAAAUAGAGGGCGCCAAGGUCAACAAACAAGGUGUCGCUCGAGUCACCCCGAUCUGCGUCUACAAGGACGGGGAAUGCGAUCGCCUAUACGACGGCAAUCUGAAGAGAGAGGACGUUGAAGCUGCUCAUGUUGAACCAAUUAAAGCCAUCAUGGCCGCAAUUGACUCUCUAAUUGCUGGGAAGCCGGCCCCAAAGCUGAUCUUGAUCGCUGGCGGCUUUGGCAAAAGCGAGUUCGUGAGAAAGGCAAUGUUUGAACGAUAUAACAAGGAGAACGAGACCGUCGUGGUGGAAUCGGACAAUGUCGAGGCUACCGCUGUUGCUGAAGGCGCUUUGUCAUCUCGAUACGAUGCGAUCGCCAAUCAGAGAUUGCCGUUCGUGUACUCCUAUGCACUCAUUCGAGACGAAGUGGCUGAUCAGGAUGAUCAUCCUGACUGCUUUCGCAAGAAGCACGGCAAAAUGAUUCCCGUGCGGUCCAGAGUCAAGCGAUGCCCGUAUGGCGACAGCGAGGACGUUGAUAUGGUGAUUGAUCGAUUGGUCAUCAUCCUUGACAACCAAGAUCUCCUGUCCCCGAAUCCCACCAGCAAGUCGCAGACUCUUCUGUAUCGUACCAGCCCGACGGACCUGAAGGUCACGGCCACGCUCGUCUACCUUGACCCCAGAGCCGGUAGCUUCAGAGAUCACGAAUCUGCCCUAGUUAAGACGCAUGAUGCUGGUCUACCUUGGGGCAAGAAUGACCUUCGAGAUGGCGUCCAUGAGUGGGUCACUGUGACGGGUGUCUUGGAUGGAAAUCGUCUUGCCAACUCCGAAUGCGAUCUGGUGGCCGAUGAUGAAGGCAACAUGCUUUAUCAUUUCGAUGCUGAUGUCACGAUUCGGUACGAGGACGAGACGGAUAUGACCAUCAACUGGAGAAUCAAGGCCGGUAAAGAUGAAUGGGAUGUUCGGGGCGAGAUCUGGAAUGGUAGCUUCUCGGAGUUCUCCCGUGAGCAUGGUGAUGUCGAUGGCGACGUUGUUGUGACGGACGAUGCAGACGAUGAGGACUACAAGCCUUGCGCGCGGGCUCAAAGAGGUAAACGCGUUACCUAUACUAGAGUCUAUAACCUAUAG